AUGUCCGACGUCCAGAAGCCUGUCGAGGAGACUCCUGCGGCUGCCCCCGCCGUUGCUCCUGCUACUGAAGCGCCUGCUGCCACCGAGACCCCGGCCACCGAGACCCCCGCUGCUGAGGCCCCCCAGGAGACUCCCGCUGAGACCACUGAGGCUGCUGCCCCCGCCGCCGCAGAGGAGUCCAAGGCCGAUGAAACUCCCGCCGAACAGCCCAAGGAGGAGCCCAAGCAGGAGGAGGUGACCCCCGCUUCUGAGGGUGUCCUGGGCUACAAGGCCCCUGGUCUCGUCAAGGGCCUCCGUUUCGCCAAGCGCUUUUUCUACUUCAGCGACGACGCUGUUGAGUCUAAGCAGCUGUCUGCCUUCCACCAGAACGAGAAGGCCGCUAUCGCCAACCCUAUCGCCGCUUGGGCCAGCCAGACCGGCAAGGGUCUUCUGUUCUUCACCAAGCGCGCCGAGGACAAGGCCUCCCCCGCCGGUAUCUUCAACCUGGCUGAUGUUUCCGACAUUGCCAAGGAAGGUUCCACCGAGCUGCACUUCAAGGUCAACGGCCAGAAGCACACCUUCCAGGCCGCUAGCACUUCCGAGCGUGACAGCUGGAUUGCCGCCCUCGAGGCUAAGGCUGCUGAGGCUAAGGCUGAGAAGGAGGCUGUGACCUCUAGCGAGGGCUACAAGGCCGAGCUCGAGAAGCUGAGCAAGCCCGCUGUUGCCGAGCCCGCUAAGAAGGCUGAGCCUAAGGAGGAGGCCGCCCCCGCCGAGGACAAGAAGGAGGACAAGGCUGCCUCCAAGAGCCGCUCUCAGUCUCGCAAGAGGGCCAGCAUCUUCGGAACUCUGCUUGGAAAGAAGGAAGAGGCCAAGGAGGAGACUGCCCCUGCUGAGGCCAAGGAGGACAAGGCCGAGGAGGCUAAGCCUGCUGAGGUUGCCACUGAGGCCCCUGCUGCUGAGGCUUCUGCUGCCGCUGAGACCACUGAGGCUGCUCCUGCUGAAGCCAGUGACAAGAAGGAAGAAAAGGAAGAGAAGGAGGAGAAGGAAGAGAAGAAGGCGGAGACCCCUGCUCCCAAGUCUAAGCGCGCUUCUCUUUUCGGCAACUUCUUCCAGAAGGUCACCAGCCCCUCUCACGAGAAGUCGGAGAAGGAGGCCACUGCUCCUGCCGAGACCGCUGUCGCUAGCACUGCUCCUCAGCUGGACAACCCCGUUGAGGAGGCCGCUGUGAAGCCCAUCGAGCCCGAGAGCGUGACUGCUCCCGCUGAGGCUGAGGCUGCCAAGGACGCCACUCCCGCUCAGUCUCCCGCUGCUGAGACUCCCAAGGACAAGCGUCGCACCUCUUUCUUCGGCAACUUCGGCAAGAAGAAGGGUGACUCCGACAACGAGGGUGCUGAUGGCGAGCCCAAGCCCAAGGGCAACAAGCUUGGUGGCAUCUUCCGCAAGCCCAGCAAGGCCGUGAAGUCCGAGCCCAAGGAUACUAAGGAGGCCGCUGAGGCUGAGGCUACCCCCAAGGAUGCUACCGUCGAGGAGUCUCCUGAGGAGAGCGCUAAGCCCGCUGAGGCUGCUCCCGCGGAGGAGUCCAAGCCCGUCGAUGUCGCCACCUCUACUCCUGUUCAGGCUGCUGCAUGA